AUGGAAAUCCCGAGCACGAUUUCAUCCUCCAUCGUGGAUGCCUUCACCGUCCCUGCGAACGCAGAGAACAUGAGCAUCUAUGUCCCGGGCCUUGAGAUCUUGGACGAAAUCUCGGAUUCAGGCCUCCCACCUGCGACGCCCUUCGGCUUCACGUUCCUCAGUGAAGAGGACCAGCCAACUGUGGAUCGGAUGCUGGUGGACGGUGAGGAGACUUUCAACAUCAGCUUGGGAGCGGUGGUCGAGCUGAUAGGCCGCAACUUCGACGGCCUGUUAGGCUCGGAGGUCAAGGCGGAAGGCAAGGCCGCCCAUAGCAAGGCCUCCAUUUUCUACGGAGCAGACGAGUAUCUUGAGGAGCUUAAGAAGAAGUACGAGCACGACCACGAAAUUGCUGCGUUGAAGAAUGCUCUUCCAGGCGAGGGGGACCCAAACGCGGCAGGCGUUGCCCAGAGCAGCGACAAGAUGCUCUCCGUUCAGAAGAACAACGAGAACAGGAGCUUGAAGACCAACCGGCUCUUCCCCACCCCGAACAAGCCAGACCCUAUGCCGCAGAAUCUAGCAUUCCUCUUCACGAAGAUCACGCCGGAGCAGAUGAUCUACAUGCCGGCUUUGUCAUAUUUGGGCAACGUUUUGCAUGUUUGUGAGUACUUGAACCCAAGAAGGAAUACGGGCAACCGUAGCAAGUAA